AUGCUUAUAAAGAUAGCACUGGCUCUUCUGGCAAGGACAGUGGCAGUGCUGACGCCAGCACCCAUCCUGGCAAAAAGACUGGACAGAUUCCAAACCCAAAUCAUUCCUUACUCCUACUGUGCAUACAUGGCUGUGGUGCUGAUAGGCUGUGGAGACAUCUCUGAACACAUUACCUAUGGCAUCAUGGUUAUCAUAGCAUCUGUGGGAUUUGAUCUGUUUUUUAUCAGUCUGUCAUACGGACUUAUCCUUCGUGCUGUCUUUCGGAUACCAUCUUGGGAAGCACGGGGAAAAGCUCUCAGCACAUGCAGCUCUCAUCUUUGUGUCAUUGGUCUCUUCUAUUCUCCUGUUGUCUUCUCUGUCCUGGCACAAAUUUUAGGCUACCAUAUUGCUCCUCAUCUACAGAUUAUCAUUGACAAUCUCUAUUUCCUGGUGCCUCCCAUGGUCAACCCCUUGAUUUAUGGUGCCCGGACCAAGCAAAUGCGGGAGUGGGUGCUGCGGAUCCUCCACUGUCACGGAGACUGA